GAGGCAUCACAAAGAUCCACACAGAUCCUUUGGGACAUGAGGAGGCAUGCUGUCAUUAACUGACAUUCUACAUAGACAACAAAGAGCAUCACUAGCUCAUACACCCAAAGACACUUGCAUGCACAGACACAGGCUGGUCAGUCACAUACGUGAGCAUACAGAAACAAUACAUGCAUGUAUGCAGGCACUGGGUAUGCACAUUGCUCACCCCCAGGGACAAACACACAUCACAUACACAUACGCACAUGAGAACAUACAGUUCAUACAUGCAAAGCCACACAGCUUAUGCAAAAGCACAAACACAGGACGAGGCACAAACAUGCCCUGUGCAAAAAGUACAGCCACGAGUGUUACACACAAAGGCACACCACCUACCUAAACAGACAGCGCGAUUGGACACACUCUUUAGACGUGGUUACAAGGACUUGUUACCCCACUGUAGCCUCACGUCACAUACACCAACACACAUGGGCACAAAAGAUGCAUAAGCGUAGUUUAUUUCAUGUAUUUAUUAUUGGCAGGAUUUAUUCUGCGCCAGACGUUUCCGAGGUUUGAAGUAUUACCUUUCGAUCCUCACAACAUCCCCCAUGAUAGGUGCUCUUUCAUGCCCAAUGUACAGGUAAGGAAACCGAGGCACAGAGAGGGCCAAUGUACACAACAGGGCAUUGACAGAGCUAAAGAUUGGAACCAGGGGCACCGACACAUCAGACAAGACAUACACACACACACGUCACGUGCCAGGCUGCAGUCUCGGGGUCCCACCCCACCCGGCGGCACACAGAGCUGCAGACACACCCAGAAGCGCAGACUGCCGCCCUCGGCGAGGAUGUCUCCAUGGUCCAGGAAUACCUGCGACUUCCCCUCAGUGAGGCUGGACGGGAGCUGCGCGCGCAGCACUGCUCCCUGGGGGCACUGGGAGGAGGGUAGGCCUCAGGGGCUCACUGGAGAAACUGAGGCAGGAUCAUUGUGGGGUGGAGGAACAGCAAGCCGGAAGCUGCAGGGUGAAUACUUCUGGUACAAAGGUAUUCCCUUCCCGGUUGGCAUGUACUCACCCGAGAGCCUCAGCCUGGCAGAGAACACUAACAACGUGCGGGACGAGGACAUCUUCAUCGUCACCUACCCCAAAUCAGGUACCAACUGGAUGAUUGAGAUCCUCUGCUUAAUCCUGAAAAAUGGGGACCCCUCAUGGAUCCGUUCUGAGCCCAUUUGGCAACGUGCACCCUGGUGCGAGACUGUCAUAAGUGCCUUCAGCCUCCCAGACCGGCCCAGCCCCCGCCUCAUGAGCUCCCACCUCCCCAUUCAACUGUUCACCAAGGCAGCCUUCAACUCCAAGGCCAAGGUGAUUUACUUGGGUCGUAACCCCCGGGACGUCGUGGUCUCUCUCUAUUACUACUCUAAGAUUGCAGGGCAAUUGAAGGACCCUGGUACACCUGACCAGUUCCUUCAGGAUUUCCUUAAAGGAGAAGUGCAGUUUGGCUCCUGGUUUGACCACAUCAAAGGCUGGAUCCGGAUGCAGAGCCAAGAGAACUUCCUGUUUAUCACCUACGAGGAGCUGCAGCAGGACCUGCGAGGCUCCGUGCAACGCCUCUGUGAGUUCCUGGGCCGGCCACUAGGUGAAGAGGCCCUGAGCUCUGUGGUGGCUCACUCGGCUUUCGGAGCGAUGAAGGCCAAUACCAUGUCCAACUACACACUGCUUCCGGCCAGCCUGCUGGACCACCGCCAGGGGGCGUUCCUGCGCAAAGGGAUCAGUGGCGACUGGAAGAACCACUUCACUGUGGCUCAGAGUGAGGCCUUUGACCGUGUCUACCGUGAGCAGAUGAGGGGACAGCCAAACUUCCCCUGGGACAUGUCCCCAGAGGACACCAGCCCUGAUGGCGAACCUGACCCUGAGCCCAGCCCCAGCCCUGGCCCCAAAUCAGGAUCCUCUGAUGACCCUAACCCAGCAUCCUCACAAUAAACUUGUCACUCCAA